AUGAGGCGGUGCAGCAGAUGCCAGCUCCUAGGGUUCCUGGCGCUCUUUCUUCUUCCUCCGACGCUGGGGCUCCGGUUCGACCUGCAAUCAGGCCACACGAAGUGCAUAGCCGAGGACAUCCGCGUCAACUCCUUGUCCGUCGGCAAGUACUCCGUCAUCAAUCCUAACGCCAUUGAGGGCCAUCAGUCUCCCCCCCUCCCGGAGACCCAUCGCGUAACUGCGAAGGUACGUUCCCCCGCCACCCUUCCAUAUGUCUUUCCAAAAGAAUUAUACCUUCCUUUCUUUGUGAUCUCAUUUGAGCGAAUAUUUUUCUCCCCUCAUUUGGUCUUGAUUUCUGUUUUCAUUUCCCCAGUUAUUUUAAAGAAUCGAUUUUGUUUAAUUUCGUUUUGUGGGUCUUCGGUGACGAUUCUUCUCCAUCCGCCGUCAUAUCUUUCAUUUCGUGUAUCAAUUCUUUUCUUCUCAAUUUCUCUGUUUAGGUUACUACUCCUCAUGGGAACACCAUACAUUCUUCGGAAAACGUCGAGUCUGGGAAUUUCCACUUCUCGUCCGGGGAAGAUGGGGACUACCUGGCUUGCUUCUGGUCAGCCGACCAUAAGCCAGCUGUGACUAUGACCGUAGAGUUUGAGUGGAAGUCUGGCGUUGCUGCAAAGGACUGGCCCAACGUUGCCAAGAAAGGGCAGGUCGAGGUAAGCAUCGCAGUUCUCACCCAUUCCUCCGUCUGUCGGACCUCAUUGAAUUGUACAAAAACCAGGACAUGUGAUAAGAACUAGCAAGCCUAAGCCGUGUGGUGGGUGAUAAUUCGAGGUGUUUUUUGAAUCUCACUAGUCGAACAGAUAAACUUGAAGAGAGAGUAUGUCUUAGAAACAUAAGCAUAUGUGUUGUUUGUAUCUCAUUGUCUCUUCUUAAUGAGAGAAAAUCGCAUCCCACUGAUUGAAGGACAAAAUAAACUAGCCGGAAUACAUUCUUGAAUCUAUAGAAUCCGUACCUCAACAAUUUGCCCAUCAUAAAAUCAUCCUGGACUUGAUAUAAUGUGAUUGAAAAUAAACCAGGAUUUGAAAUAUUUAUCCCCGGAUGUACAAACAUCUUGAAGAGGAUGAGAGAUCGCUUUGGUGAAUCACCAUGCUAUCAUCGUCUGUUGCAAACGAAAACAUGACAUCUAUCUGAAGCUUUCUUCUUGAAAAUUUGAUGGGUCUGAAGUUGUUUCUUCCCUCAGAGUUUUCUCCUAUAAGGAUUUCAGCUGCAGCUUUGUUUCAUAAAACAGCUUGGUCUUUUUCAAAUUUCAGAUUUCUGGCCAUGUUGAGGAAAAAACUGCCCAGAAUAACAUCAACCAGUGCAAAAGUCCCCGGUUUCCUGGGUCCAACCAGCCUGUGGUUGCACGUUUUCCGGCUCUCUUUCUCAUGUCUCCGUAGUGCCAUUUUGCGGCUUCCACUGCCUUUGUGUGCGAGUACUCCCAUCGUUUCAAGGACUCUUUCCCUCUAGAACUCAUUGAAGUUUUUCUUUUGAACUCUUAACCAGCAAAAGACAUGGUUUUCUGCCAUCCUAAGUGCCUCUACUGUCUAGUCAUGCCUCCUUUCCUGACAACCCUUACAAUUUUUAUGAUUUCUGUUCCUGUGGGAGUUCAUAGAGUAACGAAAAGAAAUAAAUAAAAACCAAUUUUAUUCCUCACAGAAGACAUGGGUUGAUACACAUUAGAUUAAGUGAUAGUCCGAAUUAGAAAGUAUACCAACCUUGGUUUUCUAAAAUACUGUAGCUGAUGGUAAUGAAAAAUAUUUCUGAUUUCCUUAUUGAGUCUCACUUGUUCUCGCCUGGGGAUCUUAAAAAGCUUAUACUACCCAUGUCUAAACACUUGUUCUAGUUGGGGACUGUCUCUUCUGUCCAUGGUACAACCUGGAUCAAGUCUCUUGAUUAGCAUUAUUACCAUGGCUUCUGAGCACUUGAAUAUAAAUUUCAGUUGUUUUGAAUGUUUAACCUAGCUGUAAUGCUGUUGCAUCUGAUUUUAAUUUGCAAAAGUACUUGUCGUACAUAAUUUCUUAUGGUUUUCUCUGUCAGCAUCUUGAAUCCUUUCGGUCACUUCAUUGCAACAGCAUCUGCAUUUCUCUUUCCUUUCAGGGAAAUAGUGAUGCUUAGCAUUGCAGUUCGCAAUAAGCCUGGAGAAAAGAUUGGUUUUUCCCUAUAGCCUAGAUGCAUUUGCUCUAAUUUUUUUUACUGAAAUUACGAUAGUAUUACUUAGGAACAAAGGAUGAAUAUGCACAAUGGAACACAUUCAUAACAUGCUUUUGAAAGUUCAUGAAAGUGGUUGCUACAUAUUCGUGAAUGAUUGAGAAAUUGCUGUCCACGUUCAGUUUCCAAUUUCGUGAUAUUCAUCUUUUUCGUUAUUUCUGUAUAUAUGUGAGAGAAGAAUGAGCCACCGUGUAGAAUUAAUUCAUCCACUGUUAUUGUUAGUGUCACAUACUUUAGUAUAGGAUAGCUCUGUGUAGAAUGAAAUUGCUUAAGCCAAAUAAUGUAGGCAUGGAAGUAAUGCAAAUCCAAGCCAUCCAUUGAUUAUGGUGGAGAAAACUUCAUGCUUGUGCAGAGAAAUAUACUUUCUCCGAAAAUAAAAUGUUCUUCAUGGAAGGUGACCAACAUAAGGCCGUCCAGUGUGAGAAAAUUCUAAUUUCAGCCCAAUGCCAAUAUCUAGUGUGAUUUGCACGCCUCGCGUGAGGCCACUGGUAAACCCCUGGUUUGUGAACAUACUGUGGAAAAGUAUUCAGUAUGGUUUAAGUUUGUAAUUAUUCAGGUAUCAUCGACCUUUUGGGAAAAAUACAUACAGUUUGUCCUUUUCCACUGAUAUUGAUUGGCUGGAGGUCCAUUUAGCCGAUUCACUGUCUAGGAUAUGAACUGAAUGAAAUAGUAGAAAAUUGCAGAAGAAGAUCACGAGGAGAUGCAGAAGUUAUUACACCACUGACAUUUGUACCGAGUUGGUACAGAGUGAAGACAGGAUGAAAGCAGUCAAGCAAAGAAGAUAUUCCCUUGCCUAUCAAGCCGUCAAGCAGUCAGCUGCGCUGCUGGAUGAGGAUUGAAAUUUUUCAUGAUAGUUUUUCUGUUUAAUUUUACCCUCUCUUUAUUCUUAUUUUGUCACAUGCUUCAUCAUCAGUUUCUCUCUUCAUUUCUCAAGAAAAAUUAGGUUAUUUCUUUGUGGAUGCCGCCUUUAUACGGAGGCAACAAUCAGUAAUUCUGCAUCCAACCUUAUGUGAUUGAAUUCCUUGUCUCACUAUCAAUUUUAUGAGUACGAAGAACAAAAACUGAUCAAUCUUCUGUGACCCAUCUAAUUGGGGGUGAUCAGAUGACGAUGGAGCAGCGUCAUGGUCUAGUUUCUGGUUUCAAGUAUGGAUCUUAGAGCCAAUGAACUGUCCUGUCCUCUGAUGCUUAUAGAAGUGCAUAAAAACACGAAAAUUCAAAAACGAGUAAUGUCACUGAAGUGUCGUUAUGUUCUUCUCUCAAGGGGAUUGCUUACCCUGGAGAAUUGUGGGAUUGAGUAAAGAAAAGUCUGGGGGCAGUGCUUGCCCAACCAACACCUUCGGAUCCUUCUCUGACCUCCUAGGUGACAAUCUACGGCUAGGUUUAAGAUUGGCACCAGAAAACGCCAUUGAGCUCGGUGGAUCGUGUCAGAGUGCUGAACUCCGAUUGAAGGCAUAGAUAGGUUCCACGUUUUCUAACAUAAUGAGGGGUUGUGUUCUCCCUCAAUCUUUGUUGAGAGAGGGUUGAUUCAGUUUGGACGUGAAGCCGCGCUUUGAUAUCCAACUUUCCUCCAUAUACUGUAAAAAACCCUUGUUAAGAGUUGAAACAUGUUCUUGAAUUUGGUCUCCAUAUUUCAUCUGAAAUCAGAUGCAUUUGCUCUUCUGUUUGAAGCUUAGAGUGGGAUCCGUAUGAACCCUUCAAAUGGAAGCUCCUGCUUUUUAUGAAGAAGAGUAAGGCAGAAAAUUGGCAUGAUUACAAUAUUUUUUUGUUUUGUUCUUGUCCUUGUCCCAGAUGAUGGAAGCGGAGCUGAAGAAGAUGGAAGAGACCGUCCAAUCUAUCCAUGAUGAAAUGUUUUACCUUCGCUCACGGUACGUGCGCUCGGUACGGCGUGGUCUUUGGUUUCUCAAAUGCUUUCCACGGUCUGAUAGUUGUUGCAUGGCUGCACAUUUUUUCAGGGAGGAAGAAAUGCAGGAGCUGAACAGAACGACCAACUCCCGGAUGGCCUGGCUGAGCUUCCUCUCCCUUGGCGUGUGCCUCUCUGUGGCGGGGCUGCAGCUGUGGCAUCUGAAGACCUUCUUCGAGAGGAAGAAGCUUCUUUAG